GAAAGCAGAGAGAAUUUUGAGCAGUUGAAACCAGCCAAUUUCCCAUGGUGACCUAGCAACCAAAGGUGUGCAGGAGUGGCCAAGCUGGGCUGGGUGUCAAGGAAGCCAAAAGGAGCAACAUAGGAGCUGGGGAAGACCCCACCACACAGGGCACCCCGAGGUGUCAAGGGGACAUGCUUCACCCUUAGGUGAAGGAUUAGGGGUUAAGAUUUUAUUCCAAGCCAGGUGGGAUGAUAGGGGUGGUGAAGGGAUGAAAUUGAUCUGAUGCAUGGUUUUAAAGCUUAAACUGGCCUCUACCCCCAAGGACCUCUCCCCUCACCUGCUCACAGCACAGCCCUGUUCAGCUAUCUCCUGUUCCUCCUCCACAUCCCAUCACCACCUCCACCCUUUUGUCACCUCUGGCUGUGUAGCCUUCUCACCUGGGAGCAGGGCCACAUGAGGGUGGUAAAAAUAACUCCCUGUGACUAUGUGUGAAGGGAGAGAGGGGGGAGGGAGGCCAAGCCCAGCAUUGGACAAGGGUCCAGAGGGUGAGGGCAGAGAGGCUGGGCUCUCAGAACCUUGCCUCGGGUCACUAUUGCUCACUGAGUCACCUCAGCACUCCCAGCACCACAGCAACCCGUGUGCAGAGUAGCUCCACAGGGUAAGGAGCCCAGCUGGGCUGACUACUGGUGACACACCAGAUCCCCUCCUAAACCUGCCUUGAUCCCCCCCCAAGCCCUGCCCCAGCACUCCAGGCUGGAGCCCCAACUCCUGCUUUUUGACUCCCAGCUUUGUCCUCAGGGCCCCUGGGUACCAUCAGCAAUGCUUCGUGACCCUGACUGGGAGACCCGGCAUGCUGCCCCCAGCCCAAGUCCUUGCAAGUGUCUCUGAGCCCCCACCCCAUGCUCAGGCCCCCAUGGCGGGUGCAGUGGCUGCGGGCCGGAGGACUGCGCGGGUCAGCAUGCAGGAGCAUAUGGCCAUUGAUGUGAGCCCAGGCCCCAUCCGGCCCAUCCACCUCAUUUCCGACUACUUCCCCCACUUCUACCCCUUUGCUGAGACCACGUUGUGCACCCGGAACCCAUGCAUCACAGCCACCACCAUGGCCAUCCACUCUGCAUCCCAGCGGAAGCCUGACCCGGAGCCAGAGGGAGACUCGGAUGAUAGCACUGCACUGGGCACCCUGGAGUUCACACUUCUUUUUGAUGCGGACAACAGUGCCCUGCACUGUACAGCUCAUCGUGCCAAGGUGAGGAUGGGGCUGGGGGUCCCUGGGACAAAGGGCUGGGCCACAGGCCAUCAUCCUGCAUCCACUGUCUGUCUCCAGGGCCUCAAGGCACCAGCCUCAGGCUCUGUGGACACCUAUGUCAAAGCCAACUUACUGCCAGGAGCCAGCAAGGCCAGCCAGCUUCGGACCCGUACCAUUCGGGGAACGAGGGGACCUGUCUGGGAGGAGACACUCACCUAUCAUGGCUUCACCCUCCAGGAUGCUGUACGCAAGACCCUGCGGCUGUGUGUGUGUGAGGACCCACGGCUUCGGCGACGGCGGGCACCUCCCCUAGGGGAGCUGCGUGUGCCCCUGAGGAAACUGGUGCCCAACAGAGCGAGGAGCUUCGACAUCUGUCUGGAGAAGAGGAGGCUGACCAAGAGGCCCAAGAGCCUGGACACAGCCCGUGGCAUGUCCCUGUAUGAAGAGGAGGUGGAGACAGAGGUGGCUGGGGAGGAGCGCGGGCGCAUCCUGCUGUCGCUGUGCUACAGCUCACGGCAGGGUGGCCUGCUGGUGGGUGUACUGCGCUGUGCUCACCUGGCCCCCAUGGAUGCCAAUGGCUACUCUGACCCCUUUGUCCGCCUUUUCCUGCAUCCAAAUGAGGGAAAGAAAUCUAAAUAUAAGACCAGUGUUCGGAAGAAGACCCUGAACCCCGAGUUCAAUGAGGAAUUCUUCUAUGCUGGCCCUCGGGAGGAGCUGGCCCAGAAGACACUUCUGGUAUCUGUGUGGGACUAUGACCUGGGCACGGCCAAUGACUUCAUCGGCGGGGUGCAGCUGAGCAGCUGUGCUAGUGGGGAGCGCCUGCGGCACUGGCGUGAGUGCCUGGGGCACAGCAACUGCCGGCUGGAGAUGUGGCACCAGCUGGACAGCACACCCCUCCAGCUCAGUGACUAGCCCACUGGGCCCCGCUUGCAACUCCUCCCCACAGCUGCCCACAAUGUUCCCAUGGAACUGGUAGAGCCCAGGGGCUUCCUCACCACCCACUGUGCCCAGCCCCCCGGUCAAAUGGGUGUUUCCAGUCUCUCCUCUUUCACGUUCACCCCACCCCAAAUCACAAAGCUUAAAUAAACAAGUCCUUGAAGCCACGCAAUAGCGUAUCUCUUCUUUGGCUUUGGGCCCCAUUCUCCAUCUCCCACCCACUGUGGGGCCUGUGCUGUACUAGGCCUCAGGCCUUAGUGGUGACCAGGCUCAGCCCUCCCAGUCCCCCACCCCACUCUGUCUCCUGCACUCAAGGACUACUGCUCAGGACAGUCUAGGACUGAUUCACUGACUCCCAAAAGGUCAAGGUGGAGACCUCCAAAAGGCAUGGCCA